UUACAGAAAAUAUUUAGCCAAUCACCCCUACCAGAUCAUGCAGAUGCGUUUAUCCCAUUUCCAAGUUCAAGGACGGAAUACAUAAAUGAGAAGUUCAAAGCCGAUGGUGUUGUACCAGAUAUCAUUGAUAUUCCUCCCCCUAAACUACUAACGAUACGGUAUGGUUCAUUAGAAGUUGUUCCAGGAAUGACCAUGACACCAACUGAAGUGAAAGAUCCACCAGAGGUGACCUUUGAGGCUGAAGCUGGAAGUCACUAUACACUUGUCAUGAGUGGUAAAUAUAUUGAUGCACCAAGUCGUAAGGACCCCAAGUUUGGAGAAUGGUUACAUUGGUGUGUGGUCAAUAUUCCUGGAAACAAUAUCGGUCAAGGAGAGAACAUAGCUGAGUAUGUUGGUGCUGGACCUCCGUGGGGCACAGGUCCCCAUCGCUAUGUAUUCUUAGUAUUCAAGCAGAAUGGGAAAAAGAAAUUUGCAGAGCAAAAACUGACCAGACACAGUGGACGUGGACGGGCAAAUCGUAAAGUGAGAAAGUUUAUCAAGAAGCAUAAAUUAGAUGAACUGGUGGCAGGGAACUAUUUCCAAGCUAAGUUUGAUAAUUACGUGCCCUUACUUCACAAACAGCUUGGAAUUGAGAAACUUUUAAAGGAGACCCUGAAGAAUGGGUAAAAUGGUUCCACAAAAGCAACACAAUUAAACAGUUUUACAGUACAGUAUUAUAAACUUUUUCCCGUAAAUUUUCAUUUCAAACUUAAAUGAUUUCAAACUUAAAAUACGGCUAACAAAACAAAACAUAUCCCUAGAAAUAUCAUACUUGUCCAGUUCUAUAAAUGGGCAUGUCUUACUCAUCAGGCCUUCAGAUUUCACGGCAACGAUUGUUUCCCGUACCAUGUCGGUAAAAUUGAACCGAAAUUUUGUUUCCCAUGAUUAUUAUAUCGAGUAUGAUUAUUCAACGGAACCUAAAAACAGUUUCCGAUGGGUUCCCAUGAUCACAAGGCAUGGAACUGAAAAGGUGUUUCCCAUGAAAUUUGAAGUCCUAUGGCCUGACUUAUACUAUACUUAUGUUUGUAAAAGAUAUACAGUAAAUAUGGAAAUGUUGGCGAACAUAACAGUUUAGCAAAUUUAGCGAGCUCAUACAAGAUGCUAAUAUUUCACAACGCUAAAUUUAAAGAUACAUACAACAGACCGUUCCUUAAAAUGUUUGUGCAAUUAUUUUGUGGGUUAUUAACUGAACACAAAAACAAUGGUUACAUGCUAUUGGAAAUGUUUUAUUUAAUGAUGCACUCAACACAUUUUAUUUAUGGUUAUAUAGCGUCAGAACAUGAUAUUGAUUCAACCAAAAGGAUUGAAAACAACAACAGUUAGUUAGUUAGCAUGCCCAUUACUGCAAUUUUCUAAUUAAUUUUUCUGUAAGCUGCAGAAAGCUAAAAUUAGUAAGCUUUUUCUUUUAUUUGUUUCUGAUAUGACAACCUCAUCAAGGUUUUAUGUCUCCAAUGUCAGUUACUUGAAUUUCCAAAAAAAAUUAAAUAACCAUUUUGAUUUACAAUAUUAAAAAUACAUUAGAAGGCCUCACAUUUUAGAUUUUUCUGUGUAUUUGGUUAUAAUUCAAGUAAUAAAUUGUACCUGCAGAUACUUUUAAAGUUACCGUACCCAUCAUUUCACACUAAAUACUUUUCACAAGAAGUUGUUCAUUUAAGGUUACGUAUAAGUUCACAUUAGGGUUGGAUUAUCAAAAAUAAAUGCACUGUAUUUCAUGAAGUUGAAUGUGCAAAGACUCAACUAAACUCUGUUAAAGUUAAGUAUUAGUAGUGAAAUUAUACCACUCGAUUUGUUUGUUUUUUAAAAUUAAAAUCCUUACAGAUUAGUUUACAGUAUUCAUUUGUUUCUUCCCGUGGUAGGUGUUAUUCUGUCUGUGGGAUGAUGCAUAUAAAAGACCCCUUGCUGCUAAUCGAAAAGAGUAGCCCAUGAAGUGACGACAGCGGGUUUCCUCUCUCAAUAUCUAUGUGGUCCUUAACCGUAUGUCCAAUGCAGUAUAACCGUAAAUAAAAUGUGUUGAGUGCGUCGUUAAAUAAAACAUUUCCUUUCAUUCGUUUCUUCAUAUAAGAUUGAUAUCUUGAGGGAGAAUUCUGCCUGACCUAGGGCCUCCACGAGUCCAAAAUAUUGGACUCGAGUAAUCGAGAGUCCAACUCUACCCGGACCCGAGUACCUAACACUUACACUAGAUGAUGAGGAGAUUAAGGAAUAAAGUAAAAUAGCAUUA